AUGGUUUCGGGCAGAGGGUUCUCGACUUGCGUCCUCGCCAGGAAGGCCGAAUGGAUCAGAAACGUCGGUCUCGCCGCUGCUCUUAUCCUGCCGGCCGUCGCGGCUGUGCAUGGCAUAGUCCUGGCGGCGUUGCACGUCGAGGGUGCCAUUGACCUCGACAUAUAUGGGGCGCUGCAGUACUGUUCAAUAGGCAUCCUAGCGGGCCCCGUGACGGUUAAGCUAUCCUCCACCUAUUCUAACGAACGAGGACGCAACAUCAUCUUCUUGUGGACUGGGCUGAUCCUGGCUGGCCUCUUGAGCUUGGCGGUCGAGUUCUACCGCGCCAGCUCAGCGCCGUGCUUCUUCGACGAUGCCGGCAACCCGAUCUCGCAGAACCCGGUUGGCUUCCCCUACGGCAACGCCCUGUGCGGACUCAUGUGCUCGGAACAGAAUGGCCCGUCGUCUCGCCUGCGGACCAAGGCGGCCAGCGACAUCUUCGUCGUACCAAUACCCACCAAGCUCCCGCUCGGGAACUCCAUGUUCCUUGCGGCCGCCGAGUGUGUGCCCGCGAUCCUCUCCCUGGUGUCUAUGUGGGUCAAGAUCAAGAACAACCCGGACGACGAGAAGGGGCGUGACAACGAUCCCAUCCCCGGAGCCAACGGGGCGACAUUCGGCAACAUGAAGAGCGUCAAUGCCAGCAUCAGGGGCUUCCUCAACGCGGUCGAGAUACCCGUCUUUGCUGGGGCGGUCGUGGCUAUCCUCAUUAUCGGGGAGAUCAACUUCUUCAGUCCUCAGAUGGACUACCAUACUGAGCCCAUGGGUAGCAUUGGCCAAUGGGGCACCAUCCUCGCCACCGGAAUGGCUGCGCUGGGCUCGUUGUACAUCUAUCUAGCCGGGGAGGUUAUGUCGGAUAGAGGCGAAACACCUCUGGUAGAACCGAACCAACCAAACCACCUGACCCGGAAAGGAUCCAAUGAGCCGGAAGUCCGACAUGCCUCACUCACCAGGCCCAUCUCUGGUGGCACCGAACCCGACCAGGACCAGGGCUACAGACGCACAGUCUCUAACGCCCUGAUCAAGGUCAAUAGUUUUUUCGGGAACAAGGUGCAGCCGCAGCUGCGACCGGACGACUUUGGUAUCGGCGUAUGGCCUCAGAUACCGGGGGAGAUGGGACGCAACAGACUGGUCACCUUGACUAGCGACCAGUUCAGUACGCGCAAUUUCCGUCUGUCGAUGAGCCGAGACUCGAAUGAAUUCCAUUCUGGGAGCGAAGGUGACUCAACCACAUCGACUGGGUCGCCUGCGUCAAGAGAGCGGUCCGUUACAAGGUCGUCUUCGCGACAACCGCCAAAGGGCAGACGGUAUACCGAGCCGUCGGGGUCGCGUUCUUUUGGGCGGCAGGAUAGCACGCCCUCCUCGCCCACGGAACCCGCCAGAAUUCAUAGAAAAACGCGCAGUGCGACGCUGGAGGUGCCAACGUUACGCCGCUCCUGA